AUGCUCAGCCCGUCGGCUUCGGUCGCCGUCGUCGUGCUGGUGGACGUCGCAGCGGCGACCGGGUGCGCCCUGUGGCCCCUGUGGCCUGGAGGCCCGGGCCUGGCCGAGAAGCUGUCGGCGCUGGGAUGGGGGGGAGUGGCCUGCAACUCGAACGCGGACCUUUGGGGCCUGGCAGCUCUUCGGUGCUCACUGGUGACGGCCAUAUGGGCGUUUGGAGCCUCCCCAUGUGCUCCAGGGGGAACUUUUGCCACCAAAGUGGCUGGGGCGAUCCUCACAUAUGCCUUUGAGGUGGCGUUGCUGGCCAAGAUGGUAAUCGUGGCUUCCUGUGGAGCAGAGCACACCUGGCCGGACACAAGCAGCGGGAAGGCUGGACUUAUCAUGAUCUUUAUCCCUGCAACAUUAGGCUUAGUGUUGGUGCACCUCCAGAGCCACUACCUGGGAAAAGCCACAGCUAGUCCAACCCACAAGGCUCGGGCAUCCAAGGGGGAAAAGAAACUGGAGGAAGGGUUGGCUGAGCCCCUCCUUGGCAAGAAGGAAAAUGAGGACUACACUACCAAGCAGCUGGCGAUGGAGCUGGUGAGGCUGACUGCCCCUGACUCCCUCAUCGUCCUAUUUGGAACUGUAGCAGGCCUUGGAGCAGCAGUGAUGAAUGCCUACAUCCCAAAAUUUGUGGGGAAGGGCAUCGACUUUGCUGCCAUAGAAGCCAACCACUCGCAGUUCAUCAUGGCCAUGGCACACCUGAUAAUCGUGGUGGUUGCAAAUGCGGUGCUCGUCACAUGCAGAGGGGGACUCUUUUCAGUGGUGGGGGUCAAGUUGGCACUACGCGUCAGGGAGCGUCUGUUUGCCUCGCUGUUGCGGCAGGAGAUAUCGUUCUUUGACGAGACAGGCACAGGCACGCUCAGCAGUCGGCUGCAGGCAGACACAACAGCGCUCAGCAGCUCAGUGGGGAUAUACAUCAAUGUCCUUGCAAGGUCGCUCAUGCAGCUGGGGGUGGUCACAUUUUUCAUGGCCAGGGCCAGCUGGCGCCUGACGGUGGUCACACUGGUAGUUGUGCCUGCAGGGAAAUUUGUCACCCAGGUGUAUGAGCGCCACUACUCAGCACUCCAGAAACACGUAUUGACGUGUCUGGCAAAGGUCAAUGGUACAGCAGAAGAGGUGCUCUCAGGAAUCGCAACAGUGCGUGCCCAUGCUGCCGAGCGCUCCACCCUGGCAGCCUACCGCAGCGGCCUGAUGGACGUUUUCAAACUGCAGGCCAAGCAGUGUGCAAUGUACUCUGGCUACGCAGGCUUCUGUGUUCUGGUGCCAAACUUCGCCCUUGUAUGGGUGCUAUUCUUGGGCGGCCACCUCGUGUUGGUUGGGGACAUCACCGCUGGCAUCCUGGUGUCCUUCAUCCUGUAUGAGCAGAGCUUCGCAGCAUGCUGCCAGACCUUGGGCAACUGCGUGACGAUGUUUUCCGAUGGCAUAGGGUCCACGGCCAAGGUUGCAGAGCUUAUGAACAGGGAGCCAAGGAUCGUUGCCACCAACGGAGUCAUGCCUCGGCACUUUGAGGGCAGAGUGGAGCUGAAGGGCGUCCAAUUUACAUAUCCAACUCGCCCAGACGCCCUGGUCUUGGAUGACCUAUCCUUUAAAGUGAACCCAGGCGAAGUGGUGGCCCUUGUGGGACUGAGCGGAGGCGGCAAGUCUACCGUCAUGAAGCUGCUGCAGCGCUUCUACAUCCCGCAGGCUGGUGAGGUGCUGUUCGACGGGCGCGACGUGGGCGACUAUGACGAGCGGUGGCUGAAGCGGCGGGUGGCCAUGGUGGGCCAGGAGCCCACGCUGUUCGAUCGGACCAUCAGGCAGAACGUCAUACUGGGCAUGGAGCCAGAGGAUGGGGUGGAGCAGAUCCCCACACAGGAGGAGAUAGAGGAGGCAUGCCGAAUGGCCAACGCCCACGACUUCAUCACGGCGAUGCCGUGCGGCUACGACACGCUGUGCGGAGAGAAGGGCAUCAUGCUGUCAGGGGGCCAGAAGCAGCGAAUAGCAAUCGCCCGCGCCCUCAUCCGAAAACCCUCCGUGCUCAUACUGGAUGAGGCCACGUCGGCGCUGGACGCCCAGAGCGAGGCGCUUGUGCAGGAGGCGCUCGACCGCUGCCUGCAGAACCGCACCGUCUUCGUAAUUGCCCAUCGUCUGAGCACGAUCCAGUGCGCGGAUCGAAUCUUGGUCGUGAAUGACGGGCGGCUGAUUGAGACCGGCACACACACCGAACUCCUGGAGAGACAGGGGAUAUAUGCAUCGCUUGUGCGGAGGCAAAUGCAGGGCCCGCUGGAUCUGCCCGCACCAAACGGGCCUCCAGGGCCGUCUGAGUAG